AUGCCCGGCCUUCUCGCAAAGCUCAACCGCAAGUCUGGCGUCAUCGUCGGUGACGAUGUCAAGGCUCUAUUCGAGCACGCCCAGGCGAACAACUACGCUGUCCCUGCCAUUAACGUCACUUCUUCCUCCACCGUUGUCGCCGCUCUUGAGGCCGCCCGCGACCAGAAGUCCCCUGUCAUCCUGCAGACCUCCCAGGGUGGUGCCGCUUACUUCGCCGGUAAGGGUGUCCCCAAUGGUGACCAGUCCGCCUCCAUUGCUGGAGCUAUCGCCGCUGCCCACUACAUCCGCAGCAUUGCCCCUUCCUACGGUAUCCCCGUAGUUCUGCACACCGAUCACUGCGCCAAGAAGCUUCUGCCUUGGCUCGAUGGCAUGCUCGAUGCCGAUGAGGCUUACUUCAAGCUCCACGGCGAGCCUCUCUUCUCCAGCCACAUGAUUGAUCUGUCUGAGGAGCCCGUCGACUAUAACAUCCAGACCACCGCCGCCUACCUCAAGCGCGUUGCUCCCAUGAAGCAGUGGAUUGAGAUGGAAAUCGGUAUUACCGGUGGUGAGGAAGAUGGUGUCAACAACGAGGACGUUGACAACAACUCCCUCUACACUCAGCCCGAGGACAUCCUGGCCAUCCACAACGCCCUGAGCCCCAUCAGCCCCUACUUCUCCAUCGCUGCUGGUUUCGGUAACGUUCACGGUGUCUACAAGCCCGGCAACGUCCGCCUGCACCCCGAGCUGCUCUCCAAGCACCAGAAGUACGUUAAGGAGAAGCUCGGCUCUUCCUCCGACAAGCCCGUUUUCUUCGUUUUCCACGGUGGCUCUGGUUCCUCCAAGGAGGAGUACAAGGAGGCCAUCAGCUACGGUGUCGUCAAGGUCAACGUCGACACUGACAUGCAGUACGCCUACCUGUCCGGUGUCCGUGACUACAUCCAGAGCAAGAAGGACUACCUCCAGACCACCGUCGGUAACCCCAAGGGUCCGGACAAGCCCAACAAGAAGUACUUUGACCCCCCGUGUCUGGGUUCGUGA